CUCAUCAUCAACAACGUUCACUCAACAUCAUAAGAAUCAUAGCACUCGUUAUGCACCAACUACAACUCUCAUCAUGAAGCUUAUCCCUCUUGUCACCAUGGCUGCCUUUGUAGCAGCUACCCCUGCCCCCAAGGGCUGCACGCCUGGAACCUACUCGUGUAUGGCCGACCUCAAGGGCUGGCAGGUCUGCAACGUCGACCGCACCUGGGUGUUCGCCGGUGCUUGUCCUCCAAAGACGGCUUGCCUGUUCAACAAGCAGAAUGGUUCGCCGUACUGCGUGCCCCCUGGCUUCCACUUCUAGGCUAGCUCUGUCUUGUAUUAGCCCGGGAUGGUUCCUUUGUAGUAGAUUUCCGUCAUUGGUCUUUCCGAUAUUUGAAGCCGGAAGUUGAUCACAGUGCGGUAUACGAAUGCGCUGGUGGACGCAUCUUUCUUAGUGUCAAUCCUUAUGCUUGCUAGCGAGGCCUACUAGCAGCUCUUUGUAGAUAGCUUCUUUCUUUAAUUUAUGCUUAUCCAUACUUUUUCUAAAAGUAAACGCG